AUGGAAUCCAACGGGGACAGGCUUUUUCGUCUACCCUUUAAGCUACCCAACUCUGCGACUGCAAGGUCAAUCGGGGUUUAUAUCUCUGGUGGAUUAUAUGCUGUUGGGGCGUGGUUAUUCUUGGACGCGGUUAUUUAUUCCAAGAAAGCAAAUGCAUCUUCCGUCCACGUCACGUUUGUGGACUGGAUACCAUUUCUAUGCAGCACCUUGGGCAUGAUAAUUGUGAAUUCGAUAGAAAAGAAUCGGCUAAUACAAGAUGCAUUAGCAUCGGGCUCAUUCAGUGGCUCUUCGUCCAUGGCCUGGCAAGCGCGACUAGUGUUGUUUUUAGGGUUUGCUCUUCUAGCAGGUGGCCUUUCUGGAUCCAUUGUUGUGUUAAUCAUCAAAUUUUUGAUCAAGGAUUUCACUACGUAUCCAACAUUAGGCAUGGGAGUCAAUAACGUGGUAGGCAAUUUCUGCGUUGUGUUGAGUUGUGUUAUAUUGUGGAUCGCACAAAAUGUUGAAGAUGAGUAUUCUUACUCCUUAACCUUGUGA